AGACUGGGCAGGAGCAGGAUUCCUGGCCAGGACAGCAGUGCAUGUGGUGGGAGGGGCGGACAGAGCAGCAGUCUGGGGUCCAACAUCCUCUCUGCCCCCCCCUCCACUCCAAACAACCUCCAGACCCCAAAUCUCCUCCAUGUGCUUUUUAACGCCCUGUCCAUAGAACAGGAAGCGGCAAGGCGAAGUGAAAUCAAAGUGGACGUUGGAUUAGCAGCGCGGAGGCUGUUUUUGAGAACUUGUUUCUCAUUUGGCCCAGUAUCCCCAGUAAAGCAGGAAGAUUGCCUGGUGCAGCUGUAUCGGCGAGAAGGCUCGGGAGGAGGUGAAACUGCGGGAUAUGAUGACUGAGAAGGAAACGGCGGCAGAUAAGAUACUAACAGAUGCGAUGGCUAAUCCUUCUCCAGCAAAGAGCAUGGGUGACCCUGGAAUCACCCCACUGUCUCCUUCACAUAUUCAGCAGAACGACACAGACCAGGUGCCGUCCGGGCCGUCCUUCGUAGUGGUGGUUGCCAUUGAUUUUGGCACCACGUCGAGCGGUUAUGCUUAUGCCUUUGCUAAGGAGCCAGAGUGCAUUCACACUAUGAGGCGAUGGGAAGGCGGGGACCCUGGGGUGUCCAAUCAGAAGACUCCAACCACGAUCCUGCUGACUCCAGACAGGAAGUUCCACAGUUUUGGCUACGCGGCACGUGACUUCUACCAUGACCUGGACCCCAGCGAGUCCAAACAAUGGCUCUAUCUGGAAAAAUUCAAAAUGAAGCUCCACACUACUGCAAAUCUGUCCAUCGAUACAGACCUCCACGCAGCCAAUGGGAAGCGAGUAAAAGCUCUGGAUAUCUUUGCAUAUGCAUUGGCCUUCUUUAAGGAGCAGGCACUAAAGGAGCUGAGCGAUCAGACAGGUGCCGAGUUUGACAACAAUGAUGUGAGAUGGGUGAUCACUGUUCCUGCUAUCUGGAAAAUGCCUGCAAAGCAGUUCAUGAGGGAAGCUGCCUAUAAGUCUGGUCUGGUGUCCCGUGAAAGCCCAGAGCAGCUGAUCAUCGCCUUAGAACCAGAGGCAGCAUCGAUCUACUGCCGCAAGCUCCGCCUCCACCAGAUGGUGGACCUGGGCAGCCAUACCACCCAGAACGGCUGCAGCCCCACCGACAACGUGGGCAGUGGAAUGACCCAAGCAAAGGAGCUUGUUCGGCGCAACCGGCAGAGCCGCACCUUUUUGGUGGAAAAUGUCGUAGGGGAGCUUUGGUCGGAGCUGGAAGAAGGUGACCGUUAUGUGGUGGUGGACUGUGGCGGAGGAACAGUGGACCUGACUGUUCAUCAGAUCCGCCUUCCAGAGGGACAUCUAAAAGAGCUCUACAAGGCCUCAGGUGGUCCCUACGGCUCCCUCGGCAUUGACUAUGAAUUUGAGAAGCUACUGUGUAAGAUCUUUGGCCAGGAUUUCAUUGACCAAUUUAAGAUCAAGAGGCCGGCCGCCUGGGUGGACCUGAUGAUUGCCUUUGAGUCUCGGAAGAGGGCAGCAGCCCCUGACAGAACCAACCCCCUCAAUAUUAACCUUCCCUUCUCCUUUAUUGACUACUACAAGAAGUUCCGGGGCCACAGUGUGGAACACGCCCUGCGCAAAAGCAAUGUGGAUUUCGUGAAAUGGUCGUCUCAGGGGAUGCUGAGGAUGAGUCCAGAAGCUAUGAAUUCCCUCUUCAAGUCCACCAUAGACCACAUCAUCCAGCACCUCACUGAGCUGUUUGAGAAGCCGGAGGUGAGCAACAUCAAGUUCCUGUUCUUAGUGGGAGGUUUUGCUGAGUCUUCCCUACUGCAGCUAGCUGUCCAGGAUAUGCUCCAGGGCCGCAGCCGCAUCAUCAUUCCCCAUGACGUCGGCCUCACCAUUCUAAAAGGUGCUGUGCUGUUCGGCCUGGACCCCAGCAUCAUUAACGUCCGCCGCUCGCCUCUAACAUACGGGGUGGGCGUCCUCAAUCGCUUCGUGGAGGGCAAGCACCCGCCGGAGAAGCUGCUGGUGAAGGACGGCACUCGCUGGUGCACCGAUGUCUUCGACACCUUCAUUGCUGCCGACCAGUCUGUGGCGCUGGGUGAGAUGGUGAAGCGAAGCUACACCCCGGCCAAGCCCGCUCAGCAGGUCAUCGUCAUUCACGUCUACUGCUCUGAGAAGGAGAAAGCAGGGUUCAUCAGCGAGCCCGGCGUCAGGAAGUGUGGGACACUUCGCCUGGAUGUGAGCGGAACGGAGAGCACGGCGCCGCGCCGCGAGAUCCAGACGCUCAUGCAGUUUGGUGACACAGAGAUUCGGGCCAUGGCAGUGGACGUGUCCACCGGACGCACCGUUAAAGCUAGCAUUGACUUCCUAAGCCAUUAAGAAGGGAACGAAAGAGCUAAUGUUGUAAUUGUUGGAACAAAGGGAGAUGGAAAGAUAAGGCUUGCAACACACACAUACAUACACACGCACACACACACACACACACACACACACACACACACAGGCUCGUGAUAUUUACUGGAAAGCGGUUAUUGAUGAUGAAUCUCAAGGCUCAGUCACUCUCAGUUUAAAGUGUUUUGAACGGCUUGAAUGUAGAAUCCAUGUUAGGACAAGGUAAAGAUGAGUUCAUUGUGUUCUAGGUCCCACCUUGUAGUCUAGCUGCCGAGGAGCUCCAUAGUGUUCACACACUCAUAUCCAACCCAUAGGCUACAUAGGCUGAGGCUACAGCUACAGGUGGGAGAGCUCCAGACAGGAAAGAUAAAGGCUUAUUCACGUCUCAGCCAUAAUGUAUUACGGGACAGCUUUCAGAUCUUCUCUCUGAGCAUUCUCAAAGCCAGAAAAAAAGACAUAAAGUCAAAUACUAAUAUGUUGGCUCCACAUUCAGAAUGCAUCUCUAUAUGCCUCACUUUCUGUCAGAUUACAGCCGAUCAUUGCAUAUCUGUGCACUACAAAACGUUUUGUGUAUAAAUAGGUCGUACUAACAUGUCAUCAGGUUGGGUGGAAGAUGUUAACACUCUUCAUGUGCUUCAAAGAUGACAUCAGCUCCCCUUCACUAGAGUUCUGAAGGUCAUACCAGUGGUUUUGCAUGAUUCAACCCUUUAAACCGUUGAUGCGUCACACUGAUGCCAGCCCUUUUCCAAAAUGUUAUUUCCAUAGAUUUGCUUUAUUCCAGAAAGCCUUUAGUAAUACUAGUGAUCCACUGCAGUGAACAUGUGGUCAGCUUCAUUUCUUCAGAGUUAUGUUAUCAUUGCAUGGUGGUGCAUUAGGGAAGCUGGACAUGUGUCCGUGGUAGAGGCGGGGUGAGGUCAGUUUGUCUCAGCCUCAAAGCCGACAGCAGUUUACCAAAUCCUAAAGAUACACAACCAAUAACGCUAAAGACUUGUUCGUAAUAAGGAACUACUAGCCUAACAAGCUCUGCAUGCCUGUGGAUGAAGAUGGGAACAAGCUGUAAAUAACUAAAGUGGACAUAUGGUUAACGUGUUCACAUCCAGGCAGACAAUAGCAGAACCGACCGUAACAAUGUGGCUUUUUACCCAUUUAGAGUCUUCAUUCACAGCCAGGUUUAGUUGGGCAUCCUUACUUGACCUACUUACAGUCAGAUGCGAUUACGAUAUUGAUACGUUUCCAAAUGACAGUCCAGUUUCACUCUGUGAAUAAUGUCAAGUACAUGUGAUUUUUAAUAAAUAGGCCAAAUCAUGCAAAACUACCAGUAUGUUCCUUAAAGGUCAUCCACAGUUAAAGCUGAAUCCAAGAAUGUGAAACGUGUUGCAAGCUCAAAUGCGCUUAAUUGUUGCCUUUAUUUCUUUAUGCUUCUGACUAUUAGAUUAGUGGACAGAAAGCCACUUGAGUAGUUAGAAUCCAGGUGUGAUUCUGCACAAAGGUGCAGGCCGGUUGAUAGACAAACAAUGAAGUAUGUUUAUUUCUGUAAAUACAGUAUUUAAAUAUUGUACAGAUUUUUUUAGCAUUGUUUCUGCAGCUUUAGAACCAAUAGAGUGUGUGUGUGUGUGUGUGUCCAUCGGGUUGUGUUUGUGUGCUUUCACAUGAACAUCUCUCGAAAGAAUAUUUCUCACCAGCCAUAGCACGAGAGGCCGAGGCAGGUUUGGAUGCUCCGUUCUUUCACAGUGAGACAUUGUGUGUCGCCUGUUCAUGUCUUUUUCGCAGUCACAAAAGAAACUUGAAUACCUCCGUCCUUAAAAGACCUUUUCAAUUUUGACAUGACAACAGUAUCUAAAUGUGUCUGGUCCCCUUUUCCAUCCCACCUGCAUCGCUGCAGGAGAGUACGUUCUGUCAGAAAUUCAUAAUGAUUUAUUACAUAAUCAGUGGAUAAAUAUUAAGACAAUAUGUUUCCACCCUACUGCGAAGAGACAUUUUAUUCUGAAAUUGUUGUUGCUUUGUUAAAGACUGAGGCAUAGUCAGCAUUAAAGUCAGCAUUAUUACCAUGUGAUUAUGACGUUUUAAAGACUUAAAAAGAGAGUAAAAAGAGUGCCUAUAUGAAUAAAAUGUGAUGUCGACCCUAUCAGAGCUUUAUAAUGCGUGAUGCAAACACUGAUGUGAAUUCUUCAAAGGCCUUUGCCACGUGUACAUGUUCAAUGUGUUAGCCGAACAUCCUCGUGGUAGAAUUAAAGGGGCAUUGCUGUGUCUGUAUCCAUCUCUGCUGGCCGCCAGCAGAAGCAACAGUAGUGAUGAUGUACAGAAGUGACCACAUCAAGCAGUGGCUACAUCUGGUCGUGGCUAGUUUAAUCCAUGGCUACAUGCUCUGGAGGGCUGGGUAUCAAUGCCCGUACCAAACCCAGUACCCUUAAGGUGACCGAUACCAGUAGAGUACUACAUUCUAUACCCGUCAUGUGACUGGAAGCUGUGGGAGUGUACCUCUGGUCACACUGCACAGUGUAAUGCUGACAGCGCCGUCCCACGAUCGACGGCAGCGGCACCGCGUGGUGAUGGAAGACAGUCCCACCCGAUCUAUCCUGUAAGCAAAACCAUGCAAACAGUCCCCUUUCUCUAGAUCUGGGAACAAAGAGGAUCGAUGUUCCGAUACUACUUGGUACUGGGUCAUUUCGGUCGAUACCGUAGAGGAAUCCAGUACUGAUACCCAGCCUUAAUGCUCAUUCCACAGCAGGGAACGUAAGCUAAUAUGAUAGCUUCCUCCAUUUUGAUCAACAGUCAAAACAGUUAUCUAUUGUCAAACGUUCAAAUGUAUGUGUGAGGGUCAAAGUGUGCUUCAAAGUAACUACAGUCGGCCACAUCCUCCUCCAGCUGGCCUCUGUAGUCUCAAUGCAGGAGCCAGUGUUGGCUCACUCUCUCCCUAAAGUCCUUUAUGGUGGAACUGAAGUAGCAAUGCAACUAAUUGCUGCAUCAAGGUGGUGUUAGGGUCGGAUUGUCUGUUCAGGAAAGUGAUAAAAUUGCUUUUUGACUGAAUGAAAAGCACUUAGUUUGAAGCAUACUAAGACCAUCAGAGUUCAGGUUGAACUUGACACGAAAGCGCUGCGCAAAUGUUCUUUGCCAUGAGUGAACCCACUGAUUGGUCCAGUGUGACGGGGGGCUUACACCUGCUACAGCGCGUUAGCGAGCAAAGUUUCAUUCACUUGGUACAGAAUGCUGCCUGCUGUGGGCAGUUGAGUGCUUCCAGUUCAAUGCUGAAGACCAUGAGUGUCACCAUAGCCAAACACAGUUCAAGGAGGCAGAUGUUGUUCAGAAGACUCUGAGCUAGCUGAUUAGCGUGGAGCUAGACACAAAACAUCCCGUAAAGAGGCAACACAUCGCUGUGAUGAGUACUGGAGAACAAUAAACCUGUCGAUGGUUUGAUCGUUUGGCUCAAGAAAAACGCCACGUCAUGUUUUGAGUCACUGGCAUCGACCAGCAGCCUCCACGGGUGUAUUAAUGCUUUUGAGCUAUAUGUUUCCAGGAUGGCGAUAUCGUGAUGAUACCAUCUAAUAGCAAAGUUUUCAAGCCAUUUUCUUGGAUUCUCUAUUUGAACUGUAAAUCAAGGCUCAUCUCACUUUUCAGUGUCAAUGUACAAAGUCGCACACGAUGCUGUCUUCAGCACUCUUUCUGUAAUGCAUGGUUUGCAUGCAUGCGUCACAUAGGAAUGACUAAACUACAACAGACAAUUAGUUGAUUGCUAUUACUAAUGCACACACUCAAGGUUAACCACUGAUGAUGAUGGUGAUGGUGUUUCUGCCUGUGUGCUGCUCAGCCUCUCACAGUGCUGGUUCCUUGCUGCUUGCUGAGCUGAUGUUGAUGUUAAUGCUCAUAACUUCCAUAGCAGAGCAGCACUUCACAUACUUUACUGAUAACUAACCUAAUAAUAUUUUAUUCCUUCUACACAUCUCUGUAGUCACAGAGGAUGGAUAUCAAGAGUUUCAUUCUGUGGUCAGAUAAUUACAAUGUAAUGCAGCCUUGAGUACUAUGUGGUGCACAGGACACUGUUAUGUAGCAGCAUUAUGCGUAUGAUAAAAUGGUAUGAAGACUUGUUGAGCUGACAUUAGUCUACUAUUCUCAGCAUGUAAGACAUUUUGGCUUAGAUGUCAAAGUUUGGGUCAAUCAGUCAGAAAGGAAGUGGUUGAGUGGUCGAGCCAGCUUGCAUCAUGUACAAGUAUCUGCUUAAUACUAUCUAAAAUAUACAAUCAUUCAGAAUAUGUUACUGCUGGAAUGAUUGAGCUUAUAGUUAGGAUCAUCUCAGCCACUCUGAAAUGCAACACAUCUACACGUUGUUCUUUUACUUCUUGAUGAUGCAAAGGAUGUUUUUUCUUUAUCUUGAGUUACUUAAAUGUCUUGUUCUCUUGCAUUUUCACACAGUUAUGGGUGUAUAUCGAUCAAUUCACUGUCAAGACUGUCAACAAUAAAAUGUAAGUGUAUUUCAAAGAACAUUCA